AAGAAACAGAUCCAUCUAGAUUCCAUUCUAAUCUCUCUCUCUCUCUCUCUCUCUCUCUCUCUCUCUCUCUCUCUCUCUCUCUCUCUCUUACUCAUUUCAAUUUUCACUCUUUCUUUCUCCUCUCAAUCCCUUCUGUGUCGGUGAUCAGAUCUCCCGACGAAAACGUGCCCUUAAAGCGAUGCUGUUCGCACUCUGCUUUCACCAAUUGGUCGAGAGAGAGAGAGAGACUUGCCUGUGAUUCUGUCUCUGUCUGUCAGUGAAGGGUUGCCGGAGCAGAAGCCUCGUGACUUGGAGCCAAUGCGGCUGAUCUGACUCUCUUUAUCUCCUCUGAAUCGAAUCAUGCGAGCAAUGAUGCAGACAGAUCAUCAGCGUAUAAAGAAUAAUCUGGAGAUGGAGUUCUUCUCAGACUACGGCGACGCCACCAGAUUCAAAAUCCAAGAAAGAAUCGGAAAAGGCAGCUACGGAGUUGUUUGCUCGGCCAUUGACACUCUAACGGGUGAGAAAGUUGCCAUAAAGAAAAUACACGAUAUCUUCGAGCAUAUUUCUGAUGCUGCGAGGAUUCUCCGCGAGAUAAAGCUGCUCAGACUCCUAAGGCAUCCUGAUAUAGUUGAGAUCAAGCACAUCAUGCUUCCUCCUUCGAGAAGAGAGUUCAAAGAUAUAUACGUUGUGUUUGAGCUCAUGGAGUCUGAUCUUCAUCAAGUCAUUAAAGCCAAUGAUGAUUUGACAAGAGAGCAUUACCAGUUUUUCCUUUAUCAGUUACUGCGUGCACUCAAGUACAUUCACACAGCUAAUGUUUACCAUCGAGAUCUGAAGCCAAAGAACAUAUUGGCAAAUGCAAACUGUAAACUUAAGAUUUGUGAUUUUGGACUGGCAAGAGUUGCAUUCAAUGAUACUCCCACAACAAUCAUCUGGACAGACUAUGUUGCGACAAGAUGGUAUAGAGCUCCAGAGCUUUGUGGAUCUUUCUACUCUAAGUAUACACCAGCAAUUGAUAUCUGGAGUAUAGGCUGCAUUUUUGCGGAAGUGUUGAUGGGAAAACCACUUUUCCCUGGAAAGAAUGUGGUUCACCAGCUGGAUCUUAUGACUGAUCUGCUAGGAACACCUUCCCUGGACACCAUCUCCAGGGUGAGGAAUGAGAAGGCAAGGAGGUACUUAACAAGCAUGAGGAAAAAGCCACCCAUUCCUUUUACUCAGAAGUUUCCAAACGCAGAUCCUUUGUCUCUGAAGUUGCUUGAGAGGCUUCUUGCUUUUGAUCCCAAAGACCGUCCAACAGCUCAAGAGGCACUUGCUGAUCCAUAUUUCAAGGGAUUGGCGAAAGUGGAGAGGGAGCCUUCAUGUCAACCCAUCACUAAGAUGGAAUUUGAGUUCGAGAGAAGAAAAGUGACUAAAGAGGAUAUCAGAGAGCUAAUAUCUAGGGAGAUACUUGAAUAUCAUCCUCAGCUGCUAAAAGAUCACAUGAACGGCGCUGAUAAAACUAACUUUCUCUAUCCAAGUGCUGUUGAUCAGUUCAGGAGACAGUUUGCUCAUCUUGAAGAAAACAGUGGGAAAACUGGCCCUGUGGCACCUCUAGAAAGGAAACAUGCCUCUCUUCCCAGAUCUACAGUUAUACACUCAACCGCAGUUGCAAGAGGAGGGCAACCGAAACUUAUGAAUAACACAAACACAUUGAACCCUGAAACUACUCAAAACAUCCCUCUUAAUCAAUACACAACAUCACAAGCACCUCAAAGAAACCUCUCAGGUACCAAACCAAGCACAUUCAUGGGCCCGGUGGCGCCUUAUGACAAUGGCAGAACCAGCAGAUCAUUAAUCCGCAGCACUGCUCUUCCCUUUCCACAACAGUCUGCUGCAGCAACGGUCCCUGUGGGAAAGCAACAAGAGAGGAGAACAACAACCAUGGAGUCUGAGAAGCAGGCAAGACAGAUAUCUCAGUACAAUAGAUACUCUCCAGAAGUCGCCAUCAACAUAGAUAACAACCCGUUUAUCUUGUCUCGAACCGGAUUGCACAAGGCUGAAAACAUGAGUGACCGGAUCACAAUCGAUACAAAUCUUUUACAGGCGAGCGCUGGAAUAGGAGUUGCAGCGGCGGCUGCUCCUGGUGGUUCUGCUCACCGGAAAGUUGGAGCUGUUCGGUACGGCAUGUCAAACAUGUACUAAAGCGGGCUUUGUUCACACAGAACAUAGUAUGUUCCAACUUCUGCCAUUAAAGAAAAUUGCCUUCCACACAAGAAAAUUGUUUUGAUUUUUUUUAUUAUAAAUGUUGAUCCAUUCAAUUUGUGACAGAUAAAUAAAUGGCUUUUAUAUUAAUCGUGGCAUAUAGAAACGACAGGCAAGGUUCUGAUGUUCUCACGUUUAGAGAACUGCUGGCUACAGAAGAUGUAGCAGAGUUUACUGUGCAAGCGCAUGAUGAUGAUGAUGAUGGUUUAAUCUUUGAUGGCACAACCAACACAUGUGGUAGUAAGAUCCCACACUACACAGAAAUCACUUUGUCACUUCAUCUUUAAGAAAACAAUUCGUGUAUAUAUUUCUUUAUAAACAGUAUAGUUCUCUUAUUUGUUCUUAAACAUGUUCCCUUCCAAAGUAAUAACAAAUUCAAGUAAUAAGAUACGUAGUAUUGGUUUAA